CAAUGUCCCUUGCCCUCUCUAUUUGGUUCCCCCCUCAGCUUCUUCUUCUUCAUCCCCUUCUUCUUCUUCUUCUUCUUCUCUGUUCUUCUCUGUCUCCUUCUUCUCCCUCUGUUUCCUUCCAAAUUUGUGCAUGUGAGUGCUCUGCUUCUGUUCUUUCCAGCAGGAGCAGAAACAAACCCACACCCCCCCCACCAAAAAAAAAAAACCUGAAAAGGGAAAAACCUUCUCCCUAUUCCUCAGACUGUGCAAUGCAAUGUGCCCUGUUUCUCCAUGAACUCAAGGAAUCAUAUUAGCAAGCAAGCUGCUCACUGACAUUUCCAGCUCUGUUUUUGCUUGAACAGGAAGCAAAACUGUCCCUGCAAAAAGAUUUAUUCCCUCCCCCCCAACCCUGCUUUUUCCCCCCUUUAAAAAUCCAUGAAGAUCUAGCCACUUUUCCUCCAGCAAGACUUUAAGCUUCCAUAACAGAGACUCUCCCCUGCCCUGCCCUCUUCUUCACUUCAAGAACUCCUCGUAAGGGCCGUGAAAUGGAUCAGCUUCCCGCCACGGGCCUCCUCAGGGACGACGUGACGGAGCAGUUCGGGGUGGUGUGGUCUCAGAUCAAGGCCCCGUUGAUCGUCCCCCUCCUGAGGCUCGCGGUGCUCGUGUGCCUCGGCAUGUCCCUUAUGCUGUUCAUCGAGAGAGUGUACAUGGCGGUCGUGAUCGUCCUGAUGAAACUGUUCGGGAGGAAGCCGGAGAAGCGGUAUAAAUGGGAGCCGAUAAAGGACGACGUCGAGCUCGGGAACUUGGCCUAUCCCAUGGUCCUCGUCCAAAUCCCGAUGUACAAUGAGAAGGAGGUCUACCAGCUUUCGAUCGGGGCUGCCUGCGGACUCUCGUGGCCGUCGGAUCGGAUCAUCAUACAGGUCCUUGACGACUCCACCGACCCGGUGAUCAAGGACCUGGUGGAGCUGGAGUGCAAGAGGUGGGCGAGCAAAGGGAUAAACAUAAAGUACGAGAUUAGGGACAACAGGAACGGGUACAAGGCCGGAGCGCUGAAGGAAGGGAUGAAGCGGAGCUACGUCCAGCACUGCGACUACGUCGCCAUCUUCGAUGCCGACUUCCAGCCGGAGCCCGACUACCUGUGGCGGACCAUCCCCUUCCUCCUCCACAACCCACAGAUAGCCCUCGCUCAGGCCCGUUGGAAGUUCGUGAAUUCUGACGAGUGCUUGAUGACAAGAAUGCAAGAAAUGUCAUUGGAUUACCAUUUCACUGUGGAGCAGGAAGUCGGGUCAUCCACUUAUGCCUUCUUCGGAUUCAACGGCACUGCUGGGGUUUGGAGGAUUUCGGCUCUGAACGAGGCUGGAGGAUGGAAGGAUCGGACCACGGUGGAAGAUAUGGAUUUAGCGGUUAGAGCGAGCCUUAAGGGCUGGAAAUUCGUUUACCUUGGUGGUAUCAAGGUGAAAAACGAACUGCCCAGUACGUUCAAGGCUUACCGGUAUCAGCAGCACCGAUGGUCCUGUGGUCCUGCCAACCUUUUCAGGAAAAUGGUUAUGGAGAUCAUAAGGAACAAGAAAGUGUCAUUGUGGAAGAAGGUGCAUGUCAUCUACAGCUUCUUCUUCGUCAGAAAGAUUGUUGCCCACAUCGUGACAUUCGUCUUCUACUGCGUUGUUCUUCCCGCAACCGUUCUGGUCCCUGAAGUCACUGUCCCGAAGUGGGGCGCUGUGUUUAUCCCCUCCAUUAUAACUGUCCUCAAUGCAGUUGGAACUCCGAGGUCGCUCCAUUUGAUAAUUUUCUGGAUCCUAUUCGAGAAUGUCAUGUCCCUUCACCGGACUAAAGCCACCUUCAUUGGCCUGCUCGAAGCAGGUCGAGUCAACGAGUGGAUUGUGACAGAGAAACUCGGCGAUGCCCUCAAGGCAAGCAAAGUGGCUAACAAAGUCCACAAGAAGCCUCGUCUUAGGAUCGGAGAAAGGCUCCAUUUACUUGAGCUUGGGGUCGGUGCAUACCUCUUCUUCUGCGGUUGUUAUGAUGUUGCCUUUGGGAAAAACCAUUAUUUCUUCUACCUCUAUGCUCAAGCCAUUGCCUUCUUCAUCAUGGGCUUUGGAUACGUCGGAACAUUCGUCCCGAACGCAUAGAAAAAGCUGUGGCUUGGACAGUCAGUGCCGCCCUUUCUGCUAUACUUUCUCCCUUUGGAAUCAAAGACCUCCAAAAAGUGGUCUACUUGAGCAGCAAUUUCUUUCUGUUUUCACUUGAAAACAUUCGAAAAAAGGAGGUGGAAAUAAGUUGGUCAUUCUUUUAGGUUCAGCAUAAGAUGCUCGGGUCGGUGACUCGAGGGAUGCUGCCCAGGUCGGGUCGGUCCUCUUUGUGAAUACGCAAUAAGAGAAUUACACAGAAUUGUCACACAACAGAGUUCGUGUUUGUUUUGGGAAUGUAUACUUAGACGUAUAAGGUGAAAGGCAGUUUUCUAUGGGAUUUUGGAAGUUCGGGAUCAUGAAGACAGCUUUUGAGUGGGGAUUGUCUGUGAUUGUGAGAAGUAGUAAAUUUUCUCCUUUUCUUUUCCAAUUUUUAGAAAUUUCUUUUGAUGCCUUAUUACGUUGCGAUUGAAAUUUCUUUGGAAGGCAAUAAGAUGAAAUCCUAAUUGGAUCAUUGUACA